AUGAGUUUUGAACAAGGAAAAGUGGCAAUUGUUACUGGUGGUGCCAGUGGAAUUGGUUUAGCUAUCGUCAAAAAAUUUCUGCAGCAAGGCGCUAAGGGUGUAGGAGAGGUAGAUAUUUCCGAAGAAACUGGCAAGAAAGUUGUCUCGAGUUUGGAAAAAGAAUAUGGUGAUAAAGUUAUUUUCAUCAAGGGAGAUGUCUCAAAAGAGGAAGAUGUUAGAAAUGCAUUCGAUAAAAUGAUAAAGGGAUUCAAAAACCUUGAUAUUGUGGUCAACAAUGCUGGAAUCGAAGAAGUCCCCAACUAUGAGAAAGUUGUAUCUAUUAACUUGGUGGGUAUUUAUGUUCCUUAUUUUCUUAUUUGUUAUAAUAAUGGAAAACUGUAA